CUAUAAAGGCUUCUCCCCGCGUGUCAGGUCUGCCAGUCCCAGAGGGAGAGCGGAGGAGGGCUGUUCCGUGGCUGCGCAGCGGGAGAAGCCUCGGUGAGCAUGAAGGGCCCCGUGCUGCCUCCCUCGGGGGCCGCUCCUCCUCUUCCUGGCUCGGCGGGCGUGCUGCGGGCGGGGGAGCUGGAGAAGCGGAGCGCCAGCCUGCUGCAGCUGUGGAAGAAGAAGCGGGCGGAGCUGCGGGCGGACGGGCUGAGCCUCUUCUCGCCGGAGGGCAGCGGCGGGAAGGAGCUGCGCUUCGGCGCCAUCCAGAAGGUGGACUGCGUGGAGCGGACCGGCAAGUACGUCUACUUCACCAUCGUCACCAAAGACCGGAGGGAGAUCGACUUCCGCUGCCCCGGGGAGAGCUGCUGGAACGCCUCCAUCACCCUCGCCCUCAUCGACUUCCAGAACAAGCGCGCCCUCCGGGACUUCAGGAGCCGGCGGCAGAAAGAGGGAGAAGAAGAAGGGGAAGAGGGAGAGGAGGAGGAGGAGGAGGAAGGAGGGAAGGCCCGGAAGGCCCCGCAGAGGAGGGAGCCCGAGCGCGCGCCCUACGCCCAGGCCCCCACGCGCCGGCCCAGGCUCGCGCGCGCCCCCUGACCAAGUGAACUGUGGCUCUAGGUGACAAACAAAAUAGGUUGUCUUGGACUUUGAAACGGGCCAGGAUACCAAUGAAGGAAAGCAACAAAGAACGCUUAAAAAUGCCUGGUUUCUUCCAGGUGCGAAGCAGCAGCAGAGCAAAGAGGCCAAGCUUCCCCGAAAGGCAUUUACAAGCCAAAGACUUUGAAAAAAGAAAUGUAAAAACUUAAGGAAAGGGAUGACUGUGAGCGUGGAUGCCUCAUUUUGCAAAAUGUUUUUUCUAUUUAUAGUAUGUGAUGAAUAUGCAGCUCCUGCUGACGCAAAACCACUUUAAAUUAUUUGUAAUAUCUAUAUUUGUAUUUAUUUUGAUAAAUAUCUUUAAGCACAUUUGUCUUUAAAUUACUUCUAGCAUUUAAAUGUGUCCAUUCCAGAUUAAAUGCUUUUUUAUGAUUCCA